GAUGUGAUAUGGUCUGAUUUCGGGUUUCCUGGAAGAAAUGGACAAGAGAGCACAUUGUGGAUUGGCUCUUUCGGGGCCCAUACACCUUGUCAUCUGGACUCGUAUGGUUGCAAUUUAGUGUUCCAGGUACAAGGAAGGAAAAGAUGGCAUCUCUUCCCUCCCCAGGAUACUCCUCUCCUGUACCCAACUAGAAUCCCUUAUGAAGAAUCCAGUGUGUUCAGUAAAGUUAAUGUUGCCAAUCCUGAUUUAAAACGUUUUCCUCAAUUCCGGAAAGCCCGAAGACAUACUGUCACACUGUACCCAGGACAGGUCCUCUUUGUUCCCAGACACUGGUGGCAUUACGUGGAAUCCAUUGAUCCUGUCACUGUCAGUGUAAACUCAUGGAUUGAACUGGAAGAGGACCACCUGGCCCGUGUGGAAGAGGCAAUCACCCGUAUGCUUGUGUGUGCCCUGAAAACGGCAGAGGAUGCCCACAAUACCAGAGCUUGGUUAAACCCAACAGAGGGUGAAGAAACAUCUCAUGAAGUCAAUUGUCGUUACUUAAAUGGAGCUGUUUCUGCCUUUUUGGAUCAUUGCACAGUAUCUAAGGUGUCAGAAAUCCAAGCACCAAGAACAAGUAGAGAGUAUGUGAGAGAGCAAGAAUUAAAUGUGCACAACCACGUGGAAGUGGAAGAAACAGGUAGCCACUUAACCCUGGGAACAACAGAACAGGAGGCAGCAGGUCCCUUUGGCCCUGAUCUUGUUCCUGUAAUACCAAGUUCUGAAGAACCACCUUCAGAAGAAGAAGACAUAUUUGAAAGUGGUGGUAAAGACUUUGUUGGCCAAGAUGGAGAACAUUCUAGAAAAUUACAUCACACUAAGAGGCAACGAAUGAUGAGCAAAAGUGAAGAUGCAGUUAUGGAACAAACUUCUUCAAAUAGUGCAUCAGCCCGUCAAAAAUUCAUUUCCACAGAUGACUUGCUGGACUGUUUAGUGAAUCCAAAAGUAACUAGGAUAGUGGCACAACUUUUGAUACAAGGAAGAAGUUUGUGAUUCUAAAGAAAAUGACUUCUUAAACAGUAUUUAAAAAACAUUUUAGAUAGUAUGUUUUAAAAAAGAAAAAAGAUGGAAAAGCAAAAGUUUAAUUUUCAUACUUAAUAAACUAAGUUUCUGUACUUCCUACUUUCUUUCAUGUUCUUUGCCCUUUGGCUAAUUGGCUCUUGGUUGUUUGUAGGCCUUCUUUCUUCAAAGACUUUACCUUUCCGGCUCCCAUGCCAUCCUUUUAGCCUAUUAAAUGUCAACCCCCAAGUGUUCUCAACAGGAGGUAAUCUUGCCAUCAACAUCAAGCAGAGGUCUGCCUUCUGCUUGUUUUGGUUAAUAAAGUUUUAUUGGAACACAGCCCUGCCAUUUUUUUUUAC